AUGACCUUUCUCGUCGUGUGCUUGGCACGUCGCGGUGUCAUCGAAGCAGGCUUCUUUUUGUCGGCACUGCUAUGUCCACUGGCGGCCGCAGCCGGAACCUUCCGAUCAAAUGUGAAUGCGUCGAGCUCCCCUCGGAUCUACAACGCUAGCGAGAUCAACGAGGAUUGGCUGGGAUACUCAUGCGCCUCCAUAGGCGAUUUCAACGGCGACGGCGUGGGAGACAUUGUUAUUGGAGCGCCAGGCGCCAGCGAUGGGGUAGGUCGGGCGUAUGUAGUGUACGGGAAUUCUUCGGGAAUCGACGAGGAUUUUGACGUAUCAGCUCUGGAAGAUCGCGACAGCGCCGGUCUCGUCAUGACAGGCAGGCAGGGAGGAACGUUUUCGCACAGCAUUGGGUACGCCGUGGCUGCAGCAGGAGACGUCAACGGAGAUUCCCUGAUGGAUGUCAUGGUGGGCGCCUACGGAAGCUCUCACUUGAGCGAAGGCGCGGCCCACGUCGUGUAUGGCACUAAUACAUCCGCGGCGUAUGACUCUUCUUUCCUCGAUCUCGGCGCCGGGGAUGGUGGAGGGCUCGACGGGGUGGACGGCUUCACUCUCUCGGGGAUGUCGAUAGAAAUAGAGCUCUACGCGAAGCUGCUCUCCGACACGCUUGACAGGCAACUGUCGUUGCAGUACACCGGGAACCCGCUGUCUUCGGCGGGAGACGUCAACGGGGACGGCUAUGGCGACAUUCUUGUCGGUAGCCCGACGGCCGGAGCGGUGUCUCAGGGGCACACCUACCUGGUGUUUGGUGGUGCCGGUCUGCCGGGUAGAGUGAACCUGACGGAAUCGGACGACGUGGCCGGAGGGAACGAGGGCGUGGUGGUGUUUAAGGGGGCUUUGACAGGCGAGUUUGUGAUCAUCUGCGGGUUUCAUGAUCUUUGCUCGAUUGACGAAUCCGGGUUCUCUGUGUCCGGGGGGUUCGACAUGAACGGCGAUGGAUUGAGUGAUUUCAUCAUCGGAGCACCGGAAGGGGGAACCAUCGGGGAGUUCGACGGGGAGGCGUAUGUCGUAUUCGGGCAGGAAAACCUGGCCGAUUCUGACACGGUGAUGCUUGACACCGAUCUAGAUGGGACAGUCGGUUUCAGCAUCCUUGGGCCUUCGGAUGACGCUUACGCCGGCAGCUCCGUUGCGGGAAUCGGGGUGAGGCUGUUUCGCUAG